CUGGCAGCCACGACCCAGCAGCAAGUCACUGCAACAACAGCACACAUAGCCGAUGCUCACAGACCAAAUGCCACACUCCGUAUCGCCAGAAUUGACGCCAGCGGGCGAGUCAUCACGAGAAAUGUCGCAGGCGGAUGAGAUCAAGCCAGAGCCAGAAACACAAGAUACCACAAUGGAGGAUGCGCCGAGUGCACCUGCGCCAGCAGAGAAGUCGAAGGUUAACCUGGAAGAAAUAUUCGAUGACGAUAAUUCAGAUGGCGAGUUUGCAUCGAGCGCGCCUGUCAAGUCCGAGGAAGAGUCCUCGCAACCAGCACCGGUAAAGAUCUCGAGUCGAUCCCACUUCUCGGAUCCUGAAAUUAUGCGCGCCUUCUACCAACGCCUCUUUCCGUUCCGAUAUGUCUUCCAAUGGCUGAACCACAGUCCGACCCCUCAGAACGACUUCGCCCACCGAGAGUUUGCGUUCACUCUGCCCAACGAUGCCUACCUGCGAUAUCAGUCAUUCCCCACGGCUGAUGUCCUUCGCAAACAAUGUAUACAAAUGCUGCCAUCUCGUUUCGAGAUUGGUCCCAUGUACAGCACAAAUCCACGCGAUCGCAAAACGCUCCGCAAAGCCAGCGCUUUCCGCCCGCUCAUGAAGGAGCUAGUCUUCGAUAUCGAUAUGACAGACUACGACGACAUUCGCACAUGUUGUACCGGUGCGUCUAUCUGCCACAGGUGUUGGGCAUUCAUCACAAUGGCCAUUAAGGUGGUGGAUGUUGCGCUGCGUGAAGACUUCGGCUUCUCCCACAUCAUGUGGGUCUACUCCGGACGUCGUGGAGCUCACGCCUGGGUAUGCGACAAGCGCGCCCGCCUCAUGGACGAUCAGAAGCGCCGUGCGAUAGCCGGAUAUCUCGAGCUGCUCAAGGGCGGCGACCAAGGCGGCAAGAAGGUCAACGUUCGAAGGCCUCUCCACCCACACCUCGAACGUAGUCUCGACAUUCUGAAAGAGCACUUCGCAACAAGCAUCCUAGCUGAGCAGGAUCCAUGGGCCUCUGCCGAAAAGUCAGCACACCUUCUGAACCUCCUCCCUGACCCUACACUACGCGCUGCGCUGCAGAAGAAAUGGGAUUCAGCGCCGAAUCGCGCCAGCGCAAGCAAGUGGGCAGACAUAGACACAUUGGCCAAGUCUGGGGCGCUAUCAAAGACAAGCAAAGAGUUGCUCGAAGCAAAGCAAGACAUCGUACUCGAAUACACAUACCCCCGCCUCGAUGCUGAAGUCUCCAAGAAGCUCAAUCAUUUGCUCAAGAGUCCAUUCGUCAUUCAUCCCGGCACUGGGCGUGUAUGUGUGCCCAUAGAUACAAGGAAGGUCGAAGAGUUCGACCCACUGUCUGCGCCAACAGUCACACAACUGCUGCAAGAGAUCGACGAAUGGAAGGGCGAAGGCGAAGAAAGCGACAAUAAGGUACAGGAUUGGGAGAAGACAAGCCUCAAGCCCUAUAUCGACUACUUCCGGAAGUUCGUGGCAGGAUUACUGGAAGAGGAGAAGCCAGCGCUGAAGAGGGAGCGACAAGAGGGCGUUGAUGCUAUGGAGUUCUAGUGAACGAAUCGUGAUGGCACAGGAGGCGCGUUGCAUGACUUCGACGUCGGUGUUUGGCGUUCACUGCAUGUUUAGGCUAUGGGGGAGCGUCAUGAUAAGUUUUGCAUGUUUCAAUUGGGCCACUCUAUGUGUAUGCAAUGCUAACAGCACAUCUCCAGUAGUGUCCUGACAAGCGACCUAUCUCUCUCCGAAGCCGUGAUGUUCGCAACCGCCAAAC